AUGAGUUUGUUAUUAGCUGGUGGUCGAUCAUCCAACGCUCGUCGUUCGUCACAAGUUAAUUUUAAUCCGUUGACCAAUCAAAUACAAUGGUCACCUUCGAUAACGCUUCAACAAGAAAACAUGUCGAGCAUGGGCCGACGUCGUGCACUGGAUUUGUACGGAACGAAGGACGUGGUCUUCACACAUGAACAAAUGAAAAAAGCCAAACGAUCACAUGACAAUACCAGUGGUAUGGGUCUAUCAGGGUAG